GCCUUCAAGGGAAUGAGGAAAUUUGGUUGGCAAUUGACCAUGUCCAAAGCUUGUAAACCUUUACUUUGUUGGCAGUUGCUAAAAAUGGAGGCAGGAGCAACAAAUCCUCAACAACAGGAAAGAUCUUUCUCCGCAAACAUUGCCUCAUAAUUUGGGAAUGCAAAGUCCAAUUCUUCUGCCAAUUCCUUUCCUCCAUGAUAUUCAAGAAAAUAAGUAACAAACCCACGUUUCAGAUAUAACACCAUUACCUUCUUUCUUCAAAGAUCCUUUGUUGGUUCAUUUCUUAACAUCCCUCUGAUCCAGGAGGGAUGGAGAUAGAAAAGAAACCAAAAACACAGCAAACCAACCUUUUUGUAUCUUCUUUUUUGUCAUCGUCGCCAUCAUCUUCAUCGAUGGCUAUCCUCCUGCUGCUCUUCUACACCUUCAUCUCUUGCCCCACUAUCUUUGCCUUGCCCAGCACCUUCGCUCCCGAGGAUAACUUUCUAAUUGAUUGUGGUGCCAACUCUCCACCCACACUCCCUGAUGGAAGAGUCUUCAAAACUGACCAACAAGCCUCUGAGUUCUUGAAAACCAAGGAAGAUGGUCAAGUAUCUGUCGCCUCCGCUGAUGUUCCUUCACCCUUAUAUCUAACUGCGAGAGUUUUUGCCCAAGAAGCCGCUUAUACAUUCCAGUUAAAACGACCUGGUUUUCAUUGGGUGCGUCUCUAUUUCUUUGCAAUAAAAGAUAACCAGUUUGAUCUUCAACAAGCAACAUUCUCUGUCUCUGCAAAUCAGUAUGUUCUCCUUCACAACUUCAAGGUUAACAAUGGCACUAUACCUAUGCUCAAGGAGUACCUUCUUAACAUGAAUGAUCCUACAUUUACCCUCAAGUUUUCUCCUAUGAAGAAUUCAGCUGCUUUUAUAAGUGCCAUUGAGGUUGUUUCAGCACCGGAUAGCUUGAUCGCCGAUGAAGGCUCUUCCCUUUUCCCUGUAAACAACUUUCCUGGUUUGUCCAAGUAUGGUUACCACGUUGUGUACAGGCUUAACAUGGGUGGACCUGUGAUCACCUCAAAGAAUGAUACGUUAGGACGGACUUGGAUACCUGACACUGACUAUCUUCGCGACAAAAAAUUGGCUAAGAGUGUCUCUGCUGACACAACUUCUAUCAAAUACCCUGAGACUUUGACCCCACUGAUUGCACCAGCAACGGUUUAUUCAUCUCUUAUUCAGAUGGCUGAUGCAAAAACAGUGAAACCAAACUUCAAUGUGACAUGGCAGUUAGAAGUGGAUACAGCAUUUGAUUACAUGCUUCGGUUGCAUUUCUGUGACAUUGUUAGCAAGGCACUGAAUGACCUCUAUUUCAAUGUAUACAUUAAUGGUAAAAUGGCCAUUUCGGGAUUGGACUUGUCGAGUCUAACUGGUGGGUUGGCUGUUCCAUACUACAAAGAUAUUGUGGUGAAUGCUUCCCUCUUCAGCGAUGGACUAACUGUUCAGAUUGGUCCAUUGAAUCAGGAUACGGGUUUGACUAAUGCAAUUCUUAAUGGCUUGGAGGUCUUGAAAAUGAGCAACUCGGUUGAUAGUUUGGAUGGGGAAUUUGGUGUUGAUGGAAGGGUGGGCAUAGCCAACAAGGGGGCCGUGGCUGCAGUCGGUUUUGCCAUGAUGUUUGGUGCCUUUGUGGGUCUUGGUGCAAUGGUUAUUAAAUGGAAGAGGAGACCCCAAGAUUGGCAAAAGAGGAAUAGCUUUUCUUCUUGGCUGCUCCCACUCCAUGCUGGAGACUCUAGCUUCUUGAGCAAGUCCUCUGGCAAGAGCAACUUUUACUCGUCGACCCUAGGCUUAGGCCGUUAUUUCUCUCUGGCAGAGUUGCAAGAAGCAACCAAAAACUUUGAUCCAAGUGCUAUAAUUGGUGUUGGUGGAUUUGGCAAUGUUUAUAUAGGCACGAUUGAUGAUGGGACCAAAGUUGCUGUCAAGAGAGGGAACCCACAAUCUGAACAAGGUAUCACAGAGUUCCAGACAGAAAUCCAGAUGUUGUCAAAACUAAGGCAUAGGCACUUGGUGUCACUGAUUGGUUACUGUGAUGAAAACAAUGAAAUGAUCCUGGUUUAUGAGUACAUGUCCAAUGGACCUUUCAGAGAUCACUUGUAUGGAAAAGACUUGCCACCAUUAUCAUGGAAGCAAAGGCUCGAGAUCUGUAUUGGAGCUGCUCGUGGACUUCACUACCUUCAUACUGGUACUGCACAAGGGAUUAUUCACCGCGAUGUUAAGACCACCAAUAUUUUGCUUGAUGAUGCCUUUGUUGCCAAAGUUGCUGAUUUUGGGCUGUCAAAAGACACACCUAUGGGGCAGAAUCAUGUUAGCACUGCAGUGAAAGGCAGCUUUGGGUACUUGGACCCUGAGUACUUCAGGAGGCAGCAAUUGACAGAAAAAUCAGAUGUCUACUCAUUUGGGGUGGUUCUGCUCGAAACCUUGUGUUCAAGGCCUGCCAUUAACCCACAAUUGCCGAGAGAGCAGGUUAACUUGGCUGAAUGGGCAAUGCAAUGGAAGAGGAAGGGAUUGCUUGAAAAGAUUAUUGAUCCUCAUCUUUUGGGGACCAUCAAUCCUGAAUCAAUGAAUAAGUUUGCAGAGGCUGCAGAGAAGUGCUUGUUAGAAUAUGGUGUUGAUAGACCUUCAAUGGGAGAUGUUUUGUGGAACUUGGAGUAUGCCUUGCAGCUGCAAGAAGCAUUCUCAGAGGGAAAAUCCGAGGAUGAGACCAAGUCAUCUAACACUGCCGCUGCCCCCCCUUCUAUUGUGGUUCCAUCCAGCAGUCCUCCUUCUGAUAUCAACUGUCCAGUUUCUCAUCCAGAAGACAAUAAGGGUCCAGCUGAAGUUCAGGUCAUUGGUGAACACUCAGGAACUGCAAUGUUUGCACAAUUUCAAGGGCUGAGUGGUAGGUAAAUACCAUUGCUUGAUAAGUGAGAUAUAAUUCUACCAUUUCAGAAGGCCUUGGGCAGGCAUUUUUUUCCUCUCAGAAAAAAGGUGCACUUCUCUAUGUAACAACUAUUUCAUCUAAACUCUCUCCGGCUCACUUCUCUUUCCUUCAUUCUUGUGUUGGGUAUUCAAUUUCAUUUUCAAAAGUAUACCAAAUCAUACAUUAUGAUUAAUGUACUGUUGUCCAUUGAUAUAUGCAUACAGUCCAUUAAUCUUAUGUGUCAAUUAAUUACUAUCAUAUGAAAGAAUAGCAGUAAGCAAUUUUGUAUAUUGUUAUAGCACAGUGGUGUAAGUUUUCAAAUUCAGUUCACCAACAAUUUCAAUAAGAAUCGGUUCCAGCUGCAAUUGUGUCAAUAUUUACUUGUAUGAGACCAUAUAGAUAUGCCAAUUGCAGGUAGCAAUUUUAACAUUUCACCUGCACUGCCGAAGCUCGAACAAACAAGUCUAUUUUCUAACGUCCAAAAGAAUCCUUUGUUUUUAC